AUGUUCCGAAGGGUGCGAACAAAGGGGAUAACGCCUCGGCCGGGCAUUCUGCUGUUAUGCUUCAUGCUGUACGUCACAUACCAAUUGAUGAUAAAGCGAUUGACUCCUAAGCGCAAGCCUAUAGCGGAGGUUCUGGAGUGUCUGAGAAGCAAAAAUAUUGAUGUGCUGGACGUACAGUGUUUCGGUGCGUUGGGAGACGACUACCACCUGAACACUGUAUACAUACAGGCAGCCCUCGACUAUGCGUACGAGACUGGCGGGGGGGUUGUCUCGUUUCCACCCCGAACCUGUGAUAAAGUACCGUGUUCGGAGAGCGAUGUAUACAGGAGUGGAUCGGUGUUCAUCCGAUCUAAUACUGUUCUUCGGGUUGGGGCGGGGGUGAUCCUGCAAGGGUCCACAGACAAAG